CUUCACCUUUCCCUUCCACCUCUCUUUUUCUCCUCUCUCUCUCUCUCUCUCCCUCUCUGGGUCUCAGUACUUGCCUGGAUUGUGGGGGGGUAAAGAAAUCAGAAACCUCUGCUGGAAUUUGGAUUAGGGUUUUUGAGGAAGCACAAGUAGAAGAAGGAAGAGGCAGAGUUGGGUGGAAAAUGAGUGCCUCCAGGUUCAUAAAGUGUGUCACAGUUGGGGAUGGAGCUGUGGGAAAAACCUGUAUGCUCAUCUCCUACACCAGCAACACCUUUCCUACGGAUUAUGUGCCAACUGUGUUUGACAAUUUCAGUGCAAAUGUUGUUGUGGAUGGGAGCACCGUCAAUUUGGGGUUGUGGGACACUGCUGGGCAGGAAGAUUACAAUAGAUUAAGACCACUGAGCUAUCGUGGGGCAGAUGUCUUCCUACUUGCAUUCUCUCUCAUAAGCAAGGCCAGCUAUGAAAAUGUUGCCAAGAAAUGGGUUCCUGAAUUGAGGCAUUAUGCACCUAGUGUUCCAAUUAUUCUUGUUGGAACUAAGCUCGAUCUUCGGGAUGAUAGGCAGUUCUUUGUAGAUCACCCUGGUGCAGUGCCAAUUACCACAGCACAGGGAGAGGAACUAAAGAAGCUGAUUGGGGCUCCAGUUUACAUAGAAUGCAGUUCAAAAACGCAGCAGAAUGUGAAAGCAGUCUUCGAUGCAGCCAUUAAAGUGGUUCUCCAGCCACCGAAGCAGAAGAAGAAAAAGAAGAGAAAGGCACAGAAGGCCUGCUCCAUAUUGUGAUUGUGGAAAGCAUAGUGUUGGGAAGAAAGUGCGGGGGAAGAAAGUGCGACUAAUUAGUCAUUUAUCCAUUUUUCCGUCUGGAGGAACCCCAGGGCUGGGAAUUGUAGUUUCGACUGACAGAUGUAGGAGCUCUCUUUACGUACGCAUCCAAGUUAUUUGUUUAUGCUGUCUCAGCAGGGUUCUGAUUUGUACAUUAAUGAUUUGCAUUACGUGUUUGGUAACAUGCAGAAACCUCUUCUCAAUGGGUUUGAUUUCCCUAAUGUGUUGUCUCUAUAUACUACUCCUGUAAUCUGAUUUAGUACAUUUCAAGAUUAUAUGUAUCAUAUGAAUCAUGAUAUUUUUUCUUCUUUCAGUCUUGAAUGUAAGAUAGUGCGACUCUAUUGUCAGGA